CUAUAGGGCAUGCGCCACUUUCAGCACUGAUUGAUCCUGCAGCAGGAAGCAGAAAUGCAAUUGCAGAAUCACUUUCGAAUAUUGUUUGGGCUCCUUUAAAAGAUGGUCUGGAAAGUAUUUCACUAUCAGCCAACUGGAUGUGGGCUUGUAAAAACGAAGGAGAAGAUGCACGCUUGUAUCAAGCUGUAAAAGCAUGUUCAGAGUUUGCCAUCAGCCUGGGAAUUAAUAUUCCUACUGGUAAAGACUCUUUAUCGAUGAAACAGAAAUAUAAAGAUGGAGAAGUUAUCGCACCAGGGACAGUAAUUAUUUCUGCUGCCGGGCAUUGCGAUGACAUUACCGCAGUUGUAGAACCUGUUUUACGUAAAAGUGGUGGUGCUAUCUAUUAUAUCAAUCUUUCAGGAGACCGUUAUAAAUUAGGUGGUUCAUCAUUUGCACAAAUCUUAAACAAAGUUGGUACAGAAACACCUGAUAUUUUAGAUGCAGGACAGUUUAAAACUACUUUUAAUACACUGCAAGAAUUAAUUAAAGCUGGAAAAGUACAGGCAGGACACGAUAUAGGCAGCGGUGGUUUAAUUACUACGCUUUUAGAGUUAUGUUUUGCAGACCGUAACCUGGGUGCAUCCCUUGACCUUUCUGCUUUAGGAGACCAGGAUAUUAUAGAAACACUUUUUGCGGAGAACAUAGGUAUUGUAUUCCAGGCUGAUGCAAGCGCUGAAGCUAUACUGAAGGCAAAUGGCGUAGUUUAUCAUCAAAUAGGAACGGUGAACGAAACUGCUCAGUUAACUGUUAAAAACGCUUCUGGUAACUGGAGCUUUGACAUUGAUCAUUUACGUGAUGUAUGGUUUAAAACUUCUUACCUGCUUGAUGAAAAACAAAGCGGCCCGGUUAAAGCUAAAGAACGUUUUGAUAACUAUAAAAACCAUGUAUUAAAUUAUAGUUUCCCUUUAAACUUCGACGGAAAAAAACCAGUUAUUGACGCUGCUAAACCAAGACCUAAAGCUGCAGUUCUUCGUGAAAAAGGAAGUAACUCAGAAAGAGAAUUAGCAAAUGCGAUGUAUCUGGCUGGUUUUGAUGUGAAAGAUGUACACAUGACUGAUUUAAUUUCAGGCAGAGAAACCCUGGAAGACAUCCAGUUUAUAGGUGCAGUUGGUGGAUUCUCUAACUCAGAUGUUUUAGGAUCGGCUAAAGGCUGGGCAGGUGCGUUCUUAUACAAUGAGAAGGCAAAACAAGCGCUUACAAACUUCUUUAAACGUGAAGAUACUUUAUCAGUUGGUGUAUGUAAUGGUUGCCAGUUGUUCGUAGAACUUGGUCUGAUCAAUGAAGACCAUGAAGAAAAACCUAAAAUGUUACACAAUGAUAGUGCUAAACAUGAGAGUAUCUUUACUUCACUGACUAUACAGGAAAACAAUUCAGUAAUGCUUUCCACUUUAGCCGGCAGUACUUUAGGGGUAUGGGUUUCGCAUGGUGAAGGAAAAUUCCAUUUGCCAUAUGCAGAAGAUCAAUACCAUAUCGUAUCAAAAUAUGCUUAUGAAACCUAUCCGGCCAAUCCUAACGGAUCUGAUUACAACACCGCAAUGAUCAGUGAUCAAACAGGAAGACACCUGGUAAUGAUGCCGCAUAUUGAACGUUCAUUGUUCCAAUGGCAUUGGGCUAACUAUCCUGAAGGACGUAAAGACGAAGUUUCUCCAUGGAUGGAAGCUUUUGUGAAUGCAAGAGAAUGGAUUGAAAAAUUAGCGAAAUAG